AUGGUUCCAUCAACCAAAUUAUCACCAGUAAAAUCUCCAUUAUCAAGCCCAGAAGCUUCAACUUCAUCUGCCAGGACCUCACCAGUAUCCAAUUCGAAAGCAUCAGCUUCAUUAGAGGGUCAGUCAGAACAGCUAUCAGAACAGAUUAAGCUUGCCACUGUUGAAGAAGAAAGUAAGAAUUCUAUUGAUUCGGAAGAGGAUGACAAACCUUUAUCAUCAAGGCUUCGACUGAAGCCGAAACCUCAGAAGAAAACUUCUUCUCUGGUCUCUGGUAAGAGGCCUCUAGAUGAGGCCAAUGUCUCUGAGCAGUCUUCAGUUAAAAGGCCAAAAGUUUCGGAUUCUUCUACUUCUGCAAAGAACAAGCAGGUGUCAGCCAAAAAAGAAGCAAAGGAAGAGGAGGAUGAUGACUUCAUUACAAUUGCCGAUCGAGCUAAGAAAGUCAGGUCAGAUAAUAAAUCAUCUGUGGCAUUGACAAAGCAAAAAAAGGUAACAAAAGUGGGUUCAUCUUCAAUCAAGAAAAUUAUCAAGAAGGGCAAAAAAGCUUCCGAGUUUUCGAAGUACUCUAAAUCGACAAACAUGGCACCAAGCUCUAAUGAUGGGCAGGAAAAAUGGACUACUUUGGUUCACAAUGGUGUCAUUUUCCCACCUCCAUACAAGCCUCAUGAUGUAAAGAUGCUUUACAAUGGGAAGCCAGUCAACUUGACUCCUGAACAAGAGGAGGUUGCGACGAUGUAUGCCGUGAUGAAGGACACAGAAUAUGUGCAGAAAAAAACAUUCAGAAACAAUUUCUGGAAUGAUUGGCAAAAGUUGCUUGGGAAGAGGCAUGUAAUUCAGAAACUGGAUGCUUGUGAUUUUACCCCAAUAUAUGACUGGUAUCAGAAUGAAAAGGAGAAAAAGAAACAGCUGACUAAGGAAGACAAGAAGGCCUUGCAGGAAGAGAAACUGAAACAAGAGGAGAAGUAUAUGUGGGCUAUUGUUGAUGGUGUAAAAGAGAAGGUCGGAAACUUCAGAGUUGAACCACCUGGAUUAUUCCGAGGCCGUGGGGAGCAUCCAAAGUUGGGAAAGCUAAAAAGGCGGAUUCAUCCAAGCGAUGUUACGAUCAAUAUAGGAAAGGAUGCCCCGAUUCCAGAAUGUCCCAUCCCUGGUGAAAGCUGGAAAGAAGUAAGGCAUGACAAUAUGGUUACAUGGUUAGCCUUCUGGAACGAUCCAAUCAACCAAAAGUUAUUCAAAUACGUGUUUCUGUCACCUAGUAGUUCCUUGAAGGGGCAAAGUGACAAGGAGAAAUAUGAGAAAGCAAGGAUGCUAAAGGACUACAUAGGAAACAUCAGAGCUGCAUACACUAGGGAUUUUAUUAACAAAGACGGCGCAAAGCGGCAGAUAGCAGUUGCUACAUAUCUCAUCGAUAAACUUGCUCUCAGGGCGGGCAAUGAGAAGGAGGAUGAUGAAGCUGAUACUGUUGGUUGCUGCACUUUAAAAGUAGAGAAUGUAAAAGCAAUCGCCCCUAACUCCUUGGAGUUCAACUUCCUUGGUAAAGAUUCAAUCAGAUAUGAAAAUACUGUUGAAGUUGAGGUUCCUGUUUACAAAGCAAUCAUAGAGUUCCAGGCUGGUGAGUUGGUGGCUUUAUAA